AUGGGUGACUCCUACACGGCCGCCUUCCCCAGCGCCCCGGGGCUGCUCUCGCCCUCCGCCAGCCCCCAGGCAUCGCCCGGCCCCUACGGCCCCGACUACGGCCCCUUUGGCCACCCCUUCCCGGCACCCACCGGCACCCAGGAGGUGCUGGGUGGCCCCGUGGUGGUGACGGCCAAGGGGCACCCACCGGGCGACUGCCUGCCGGGCGUCUACCCCUCGCUGGAGAUGCCGCAUCCCUACGGCUCCUGGUACAAGGGCGGCAUCGGCGGGGGGCUGCCGGGGGGCUCAGGGCCGGCAGCACCCUCCUGGUGGGACGUGCACCCUAACGGGGGCUGGCUGGGGGGGCCGACGGGCGCAGAGGGGCUGCAGGGCUCGCUGCAGGGCCAGCCCACCCUCAGCCCCCCGCUUCCCACUUACGGCUCCGAUUUCGGGGCUCUCAACCCCCCACCCUACACCAGUAACCCCACCGCACCCCCCACCCCUAAACCCAACCCGGGCGAAACCCCAAAGGGACCCCGCGGCGGUUCCUUAGGGGGUCGUCCGGCCUGCGAUUGUCCUAAUUGCCAAGAGUUGGAGCGUUUGGGGGGACCGGGAGGAUCCCGACGCAAGCCGGUUCAUAGCUGCCACAUUCCGGGUUGCGGGAAGGUGUACGGCAAAGCCUCGCACCUGAAAGCCCACCUGCGCUGGCACACGGGCGAGCGACCCUUCGUCUGCAACUGGCUUUUCUGCGGCAAACGUUUCACCCGUUCCGACGAGCUGGAACGCCACGUCCGUACCCACACGCGGGAGAAAAAAUUCACCUGUCUCCUUUGCAGCAAACGGUUCACCCGCAGCGAUCAUCUCAGCAAACAUCAGAAGACCCACGCCGAAGCCGGUCCCCCCAAAUCCAACCCCGCCGGUAACGGGGAGCAGCCCCCCGCUUCUCCUCGGCAGCCUCCGGCUUCGCCCGGUAAAGACGCCGGGAGCCCCGAAGCCGGCAGUUUGUUGGAGAUUUGA